GACUUCGGCAAUCCAACAAAGCGCCUGUUCAACAGUGGGAUGAUCGGCGGAUGGCAACCACAUGCGCUCCUUGUACGAUGGCAGCCAUACGUAAGCCAUAGAUGGCACGAACAACGGACGCUGAGCAACCGAGGCCUACCUGGCUCGAGUAUAACAGUCUUUUUCCAAGCUCUGUCUGUGGCUACGGAAGCGAAGAAAAAGCAUUGCGCAACAUGACCGUAAAACGAGGCAAGCGAUCCGACAGGUCGGUAAAGUACCGCGCAUGCCUGGGAAAGGGUCUCCAAAGGAUCGGCCCGCUUUGAUGGCAGGUUGCUAGAUCUGUAUUCAUUCUGCAGUAGCAUUGCUCCGACCUGGUUCAUGGGUUCUGUUCGACACCCCUUUCUUCAUGUGGGCUAUGGAAACUUAGCGCAAUAUUUCUGUGCGACUGGGCUCGAGGUCUUUCGACAAAAGACUGGCUCUUUGCUGUAACGCACCACCACUAAUUAGGAAGUCAAACUUGUGGAUUACCCACCGACUUUCUAACCCUGAACCCGCCAAUCCCUCCUCAAAUUGAUCAUACCACAGCUGCUAAAUGAGGCUUCUGAUGCAAAGAAGCUGUUACAACAAUUUAUGUACCAAAGAGGUCACCCUCUCUAGCUCUCUCCCUCGGGUCCAACGUCAAUGAUCUUGCAGGUCAAUGAAUACUACUCGAGGACCGUUUUCUGUAAUACUUAUAUAACCAACGACGCCUCGACUCACGCACGCUACAGCUCCACGAUCCACUACUCUAACCACACUUUUUAUUCGAUACCUCAUGCCAGUCAUUUUCUACAGAGGAACUGGUUCAAGCGCUUAUAAUGUCAACUGCGUUGGAAGGUUUGCAUACAUCCGAUGCUUCCAAUGUUAUUGGAGAAAGGGGCAGGAAACGGCAACCGCUUCAACAACAACGCCAACUACUCUCGUGCACAAAGUGUCGCGAGCGUAAAGUGAAGUGCGAUCGUACAAAGCCAUGCUCGGCAUGUUGUGCUCGUGGAGCACCAAAGGAGUGCCAUUUUGUAGCAGAAGGUGGCGAUUAUACCCCGAUCCAGCAGUCCUACGAACUUCGAAAACUUCGUGCUGAAAACCUACGUUUGAAGGAGCAAUUACGUGCUAGUAAGGCUCACGUCGAAGACUACGAAUCCGAAUCGACGACUCCCAAGUCUCAGUUUGUAGAUCGACAGAGCAGCACGACGCAAAAGCGUCGUACCGCGCGACAGCGUCGUUUCCAAGGCUCGGAAUGGACAGACAGCAUCUACUUUGGCAGUCCCGGACUCGCCAAUGUCAUUACAGAUUUUGCAAGCAUCAAUAUUGCGCCAGUCUCUACUCCGUCUUUGGCCCAUCUUAUGCCCCGCGGCCCCGAUAUGUAUGCAAGUAAAGUUCCGCCACCCCACCCAUUUGCCACCAUGUUUCCGCAUACUCCGGAUGAAUGUAUACCGGAGUUGUUGAGCUGUCUUAGGCUGGAGGAAGGGAAGGAUGAACUUUUCCAAGACCUUGAUUCUUUUGAGAAACGUGUGCACAUCUGCGCAUUUCCGUAUGUGCCCAUUGAAAUUACAAGAAGCGAAGUGGAGAGGUUUCUCGCGGAUCCGGUCAAGAAUGCUCAAAUGUGCCCGGACAUGCUGGGCAUACUAUUCGCGGCAUUAGCAUUGGGAUCACAACAUUCUACGUGGGACAAAUCUGGUGGCAAAUGGCGAGCGGAGACGAUGGAAAAAGAGUUGCGAAAAGGAGAUGUGUACAUUGCGGCAGCUAUGCAAGCCCUACGUUUAGCAUCUUUCAUGCAUAAACCAACACUACUUGGUAUACAGACUCUUGUCAUGUUGGGUCCUUUUCUCACCAACAGUGGACGUUUUUUGGAUGCUUGGACCUUGUUCGGAAUCACUAUUCGCUUGGCCCACUCUAUGGGUCUGCAUCGGCAUCCAAAGUAUCUCGAUCCCGCGCCACCUUCGCAGAGGGAAUGCUUCAUUCGUCAGACGUUGUGGUGGUGGAUGCUACAUAUGGACCAAGAAUAUUCGAUGAUUCUAGGUCGUCCGCUGGGUAUCAGUGGUAUUGGGGACUGUCCCCCACCACACGAGCUUACAACAGACCCACGAAUGUUGAGAUUUGGCGAGUCCGUAAACCAUUUUACAGUAUUGGCAAGGCAGAUCCUGAGCUGCGACUGCCUCACCAACACCAAGAUCGACGAGUUCACUGAUAUUCUGAAGGGUCUUCUCGACACUAUGCCAGAACAGCUUCAAUUCGAUGCGUCAUGGCUGAAUAAGACUAGAGAGAUCCCCGAGUGGCCGCUUGGUGCCAUGGCUACGAUGUUCUUUUGCAAAAUGCAUACCUAUCUAAUCCUUCUCAAUCGUCAGCGAAUCGAGAAGCCUGACAGCCUACCAAAGAACUCGUCAUAUCCCGGCCUGACCAAUUCUCGACCGGAGACAUCUCACUCGUCUCCCGUCUCAAAUCCCUCAAUACCUCGUGGUCGCGCACUUGUUCUUUCCUCUUCAUACGAGCUCUUGACGGGGUUCUUGUUCUUCCACGCCCGUAUCCCCGCAGCCCUUAUUUGCUGGACCAUAGGCCAGCAAGCUUUCAACUCUUGCAUGAUAUUGCUUCUUGACGCUAUGGAAACUGGCGAUUUGACGCAUAUUGGGCAGGUAGAGAGAGCUUAUGUUGUGUUCAUCCAAUUGCAGGAGAAUGGUGUUCAUGAACUUGCUUCACUGGCCGUGGACAGGGUGAGCUGGGGAUUGGCACAACUGGGACGGCUAAAGCGUGAAAAAAAUUACGGCAGUCAUCAGAGUCUCGAGUCGUCAAUUUUUAACAGCACUGCAAGUCACACGGCAGAUCGAACGGGCGACGCGAAGAUGCAAGGUACCGCCACUGCGACAGGCGUGAGUGAGGCAAGCACGUCCCAUCAGAAUUCGCUUCGGGAUACGGUGAUGGGUAAUACCGGAAUGCUGUUGCUGGAAGAUCCGGGACUGCAGGGCUUUGUCCCUGAAGCGUUCCAGCCGCUCGCGUGGAGCAUGGAGAAGGAGGAAUUGAGGAUGAGUCUGAAUAUCCCCCAAUCAAUCGGAUCAGAGGGAGAAGGAGUGAAAAAGCAGGGCGAACGAGAUGCAUUCGCUCGAUCGUCGGAACAGCUGCAGACAACGCCAGGAUCGGCCCCACCAAAUCCAAGAUUCGCGACUUUUACAGCACCUGCACGCGAGCACAAGGAGCACCAAACAACCCAGCUGCAGGAUCUAACGUCUCCGACAUCGCCGCCACAGCCAAGUUUCUCUCAAUCGUUACCAAGUGGACUUCAUCAAAUACCUUCGCCUCACUUACGACACCAUUCUUACCCUUCCUCAGAACAAAUCCCCUUGUUUCCCCGCCGCACCCAUCAUCGACAUAUGCAUGGCGAGAAUCAGGACUCAAGGAUAGAUGGUGCACAUGAUGAGAAUCGGGGUCUGUUCCAAGAUCCCUUCCACCAGACUUCCGAAAUUACAGCUGCUUCAACACUCCCAACGAACCAGAAUGCGCAUCCUUCAUGGGCGGCCCGACCCGCUGUCCUUGUUUCUAGGACAUCGGAUUCCAUGACAUUACAUGAUUAUUCAAGACCGUCUUUUGCCACAUCGUCGUUCUCCCCGAGAGAGAUGCCAAUGCAUACGUGGCAAUAUGACAUGGCCUACCACGUCUCACCUCACCCUGGAAACGACGGUAUUGCGGCUUCGGUCCAUAACAGUAACGAGAAUCGUAUGAGAGGCGAAGGACGAGGAUAUAGGAAGGAGCGUCAUGAUGGAGAAGCAAUGUGACGUGAUCCAGCGACUCGUAGGUCUUGCAUCAUCGCGUUUCUCCGUCGCCAAGUUUGCCUGACUCCCAACAUCUCCAGCAUCUUACCUAUCAUAGAUUGUGUCAGCUUUUGUAUCCUUGCGUAAUGAUACCUACAUCUGAUUCCUGCAUUGGCAUUCGCUGUUGCAUUGUCGGCAUACCGCGGUAGUGGGUCACGGUAUUUUGGCAAAAUCCCUUGCGUAUAUGGCCAUGCUUGUGACACCUUUCCGGCAUCAUGCUUAUUCAACUGGGGGCGAAUAGCACUGGAGCUCCAUCGGAUCCGUACACUUGGUUCAUUCUUUUCUUUUCCUCUGCUCCG